GUGAGCGGUGUGUGUGUGGAGGCAGAAACGCUUCAGAAUUCAUUUAGUCAUCUGUGAACAGCCCAGCCAUCAUGGACUCAUCACUGACUGCUGCUCAGAUCCGUCAGAAGUUCAUUGACUUCUUCCGUCGUUACAAGCACGAGUAUGUGCACUCGUCUGCCACCAUUCCCCUGGAUGACCCCACCCUUUUGUUCGCCAAUGCGGGCAUGAAUCAGUUUAAGCCCAUCUUUCUUAACACCAUCGACCCUUCCCACCCCAUGGCCAAGCUGAAGCGUGCUGCCAACACACAGAAGUGCAUCCGUGCUGGAGGCAAACACAAUGACCUGGAUGACGUUGGCAAAGAUGUGUACCAUCACACCUUCUUUGAGAUGUUGGGCUCCUGGUCAUUUGGAGAUUACUUUAAACAAUUGGCCUGUAAAAUGGCUCUGGAGCUGUUGACCCAGGAAUUUGGCAUCCCUCUCGAGCGCCUGUAUUUCACCUACUUUGAAGGUCAUCCAGAAGCAGGUCUUGAGGUUGAUAAUGAGUGCAAACAAAUUUGGCUUGACCUGGGGGUGGCAGAGGAACGCAUUCUACCAGGCAACAUGAAGGAUAACUUCUGGGAGAUGGGAGACACUGGUCCCUGUGGGCCAUGCAGUGAAAUCCACUACGAUCGCAUCGGAGGCAGAGACGCGUCACACCUCGUUAACAUGGACGACCCGAACGUGCUGGAGAUCUGGAAUCUGGUGUUCAUCCAGUUCAACAGAGAGUCCGAGACCGUUUUGAAACCUCUUCCUAAAAAGAGCAUCGACACUGGCAUGGGGUUAGAGCGUCUGGUCUCUGUCCUGCAGAAUAAGAUGUCCAACUAUGACACAGACCUCUUUGUUCCUUACUUUGAAGCCAUCCAGAAGGGCACAGGAGCCAGACCUUAUACUGGCAAGGUCGGAGCAGAAGACCAAGAUGGCAUUGACAUGGCAUACCGCGUCCUGGCAGACCAUGCACGCACCAUCACCAUUGCACUGUCUGAUGGGGGUAGACCUGACAAUACUGGUAGAGGCUACGUGUUGAGGAGGAUUCUGCGUCGUGCUGUUCGUUAUGCUCAUGAAAAGCUGGGUGCUCAGAAAGGCUUCUUCGCCUCGCUGGUGGACGUGGUGGUUGAGUCACUGGGUGAUGCUUUUCCUGAACUGAAGAAAGACCCUGACAUGGUAAAAGAUGUCAUCAAUGAAGAGGAGAUACAGUUUCUCAAGACUCUUAGCAGGGGACGACGUAUUCUGGACCGCAAGAUCAACAGCCUUGCAGACAGCAAAACUAUUCCAGGGGACACCGCAUGGCUGCUGUACGACACUUACGGUUUCCCUCUGGACCUGACAGUUCUGAUUGCCGAGGAAAAAGGCAUGGGAAUAGACAUUGCUGCAUUUGAGGAAGAGAAAAAAGCUGCUCAGCUAAAAUCCCAGGGCAAAGGGUCUGGAGAUGUGGAUCAUAUAAUGUUGGACAUCUAUGCCAUUGAGGAACUAAGGAACAAGGGUGUACCGGCAACUGAUGACGGUCCCAAGUACCGCUACUCUUCUGAAGACAGUGGCAACUAUGUGUUUGAGCAGGUUGUCGGCACAGUUCUGGCUCUGAGGCGUGAGCGCGCAUUUGUGGAUGAGGUGAGCACAGGGCAGGAGUGCGGUGUGCUGCUCGAUCAGACCUCCUUUUAUGCUGAGCAGGGAGGACAGACUUUUGAUGAGGGCUACAUGCUGCGUGAGGACGACUCUUCAGAGGACAAAACAGAGUUUACCGUAAAGAACACACAGGUUCGUGGAGGCUACGUGCUCCAUGUCGGAACUGUGUACGGUACCCUGAAGGUUGGAGAUCGCCUCACACUGCAUGUUGAUGAGGCACGCCGGAGACCCAUCAUGAGCAACCACACUGCCACCCACAUUCUGAACUACGCCUUGAGAGGAGUCCUGGGCGAGGCCGAUCAGCGAGGCUCUCUUGUGGCUUCAGACCGCCUGCGGUUUGACUUCACUGCUAAAGGAGCUAUGACCACGCAAGAGGUGCGCCGCACUCAGGAGAUCGCCUGUUCCAUGAUCGCUGAUGCCAAGCCAGUAUAUGCAAAAGAGUCUCCCCUUGCUGCAGCAAAGGCCAUCCAGGGACUGCGUGCUGUGUUUGACGAGACGUAUCCAGAUCCUGUAAGAGUUGUGUCCAUUGGUAUACCUGUGGAAGAAUUGCUGGCUGAUCCAAACAGCACUGCAGGCUCCCUCACCUCCAUCGAAUUCUGUGGUGGAACGCACCUGCAGAAUUCUGGUCAUGCUGGCCCAUUUGUGAUCGUGUCAGAGGAGGCCAUUGCCAAGGGGAUCAGACGAAUUGUGGCUGUGACUGGAGCAGAGGCUCAGAAGGCCGAGAGAAAAGCUGAUUCUCUACGCCAGGCAUUAUCUGCCAUGGAUAAGAAGGUAAAGGCUCAGACUGCCCCCAAUAAAGACAUCCAGAAGGAGAUUGCUGACCUGACCGAGGCCUUAGGAACUGCAGUGAUCUCCCAGUGGCAGAAGGACGAGAUGAGGGAGUCUCUGAAGGCUUUAAAGAAGGUCAUGGACGACCUGGAUCGUAGCAGCAAAGCUGAUGUGCAAAAGAGAGUUCUUGAGAAGACAAAAGAGAUCAUUGACAGCAACCCCAACCAGCCUCUUCUUGUCAUGGAGAUGGAAAGUGGUGCAAGUGCUAAGGCCUUAAACGAGUCCCUGAAGCUGCUGAAGACUCAGUCUCCUCAGACUGCUGCCAUGCUCUUUGCUGUAGAUAACGACACGGGCAAGAUCAUCUGCCUCUGCCAAGUGCCCCAGGAGGUUGCAAGUAAAGGCUUGAAGGCCAGUGAGUGGGUACAGGAGGUGUGCCCUCUGCUGGAUGGAAAAGGUGGUGGUAAAGACAUGUCUGCUCAAGCUUCAGGCAGUAAUACACAGUGCAUGCAGGAGGCUCUCAAGCUGGCCAAUGAUUUUGCUCAUCUUAAACUUGGAGAGAAUUAGUCAUUUUAUAGGUAGAUCAACCUGAACCUUAAACCGCCCUUCAUUCGACUGGAACUGCUCUAGUGCUGCCAGCCGAAAUCUAAAGGAACAUCUCUAUUUGUGAUCAUGAUUUAACAGUUUAAUGCCACCGCCCAGUCUCCCACAUUAGAAGCACAAUGAGUGUUCCUGAGCUUUUUGCUUUGCCAGUAAUGUAUAGAAUUGACAAUGCAGGUGUCGAUCAUCAAAUUGUUCCAUGUGACCAUUUGCUGUCCUGCACGAGACCACUUGAAAUUAGCACUUCAUUUACUGCCUCUGAUACUGACGAGUUCAUCACACAUCCACUUUAAUCAGAACUAACCAUGAGCUGUCUGUCUUUCAUAUACACACCUUAUUAAAAGUAAUAAAAAUACAUGAUGAUUUAAAGUAGUUGUGUCACUAACUUUUUUUGUCCCUUUGAAUAAUCUUGCUGGUGGAACUGUAGAUGAAGACAUUUUGAAUACUGGAAUAAAACUGAUAACUGAA